CGCGGCCGACACAGCUCGACUUUCGCGUGCACAAUGCAGGUGAGCGAGUCGGACGAGCUGAGACGCCUUCGCGCGGAGCUGGAGUCUGUGCGCGAGGAGCGCGACGCCGCGCUCGCCGCGCUCUCCGUCGCCGGAUCCUCCGGCGCGUCCUCGAAUCGGUCGACUUCAGGCAGGGCCUCUCUGCCCCGGCCACUCUCGAGCUCUUCCCUGACGAGCGGCGCGGGUGGGGCGAGCUAUGCUGUUUCCAACGCCUCGUCCGACGGCGUGCUGUCCACGAGCAGGUGCAAGUUUGGCCUGCCCACCGGCAAGCAACUACUUGGUGGUAAGAGUAUGCGGGCUGCGCCUUUGCCUGCAGCCACCUUCGAGGUCGAGCCCCACGAGCUCGUGAUGCCCGGCACGCAGGCGCUCCUCAUCGCCGGCUGGCUGCUCAAGCUCUCGUCGCGCGGCCGGUGGCAGCGGCGGUUCUUCGCGCUGGCGGGCUCGACCCUCUUCUACGCCGACUCGGAGCCGCGCCUCGCGGUCGUGCCCAAGGCUUGCGCGCAGGCGUGGCGCAGCUGCGUGCGGCAGCUCCACCCUGCAGACGCUCCGGGCGGCGCCCGCCACGCCUUUGCGCUCGCCGGGCAGGAGAAGGAGGAGCCGCUCUACCUUUCCGCCGGCUCGGAGGCGGACCGGCUCGCGUGGAUGCGCGCCCUCUCCUGCAGCGCAUCGGCGGCGCCGUGCGACCCCGGCCGUCUCUGCGACCUCCUCAUGCUGCGGCAACGGCAGGUCGACGGUCUCGCCGCUAUCUGCUUCUCGCCCGCCCUCGCCGACGACGACCGCGGCUUUGGCCACCACGCCGCCCCGCUCUACGACUUUCGGCGCAGCGCGUCCGCCAGCGGCCAGCACCCGGCGCACUCGGCUCCCGGAGACGAGGACCGCCCUCGCGACAACCCGCCGCUGGACUUCCUGUCCCGCCUCCCCGGGGGCGGCUGCCUGCUGCGGUGCGUGCACCAGUUCAACAGCCAGCUGAACAGCCUCUAAGGGGGCUAAUCUGGCCACCGGCGACCAGGGAGAGAGCUUGCGAGGACCGGCUGUGUGUGUCCUAAAUAGUCUUAGUUCUAAUCUUUAUUUUAAUAUGUAUGUACAAAGAGAGACGAUUUAGGUU